CAACGCUCCUACUUCCCGAGAUAUUAUGGUAACUCCCUAGGCUGGCAAUCACCGAAACAGUCUCACGAGGCAGCAUUGCUUAAUAAUUACCAAUAUACAACUACGCUUUUAAGACAUCUACGAGCUACCCUACACGCGCUUUCAAAUCACUACCUCACGAACAAACAAAUUUUUGUCGUCGUAAUUCAAGGCCUAGGACGAAAAGAAAACGAAAUGGGGGAGGGAGAAAGAGAGUAAAAACACAAAUGCUUCUCUUCUUCAUAUUAAGUGCCGCCAUCAUCUGGCACGCCACCCUCCUCUUAGCUUUUAUCAUCAAUUGGAAUAUACGUCUCAUUACUAUCAUCCGAUGGGCUACGAUCGCCUACCUCGUCAUAUUCGGGUUACUGUUCUUCCCGAUGGUAAUGGAAGGCCUCCUCAUCCUUGGCCAAACCGACGAACGAGGUGAAACCCUUUUGUUCCUACCUCUCGGUUGGGUAAUAUGGUAUGUGCUAGCCACCUUUGCCAUAGUUCACCAACGACUUCUACCACUUGCGGUAGUGGUACCGGUGGUGGCUUUUAUGAUGUAUCCCGAGUUAAGAUUGAGCAUGGAUUACGGCUUGGCUAAGACGGGUUGGCUGGAGGUUGUAUAUACUCCAUUUACAUGGGCGGCGAAAACCGGUUUGAAGCUGUACUUCAACUCAAAUACAUCAAAGGGCAGGGCUGCGGGUGUGCACAAGAGAAUACCUAUACCUACCGAAGCAGUACCCCCCAAGAAAACAUGAAGUAGCUUACAGAGGGUAUCGUAACAAUAGCAGGCUUCGAGAGGCAGAUUAUUCGGUCUGAUAUCGCACAUCAGGGACUUUUCGAGCUGUAGGGGUCGGCCCUUUCAGGCUUCGUAAGACGAAGCCUGAUCUUCUCAUAUACCAUGUAUCUACACACCAUAAGUAUCUAUGAACAUAUUUAACGAACUAUAACAUUCUGACGAUGAAGUUUUACGCACACAAUCGCCUAAUAAUUACACAAUUAUAUUGUCCACCAACGCAAAG